UAAACGCCAUCUUGAUUGUCAGGGGUCACAUGAGGGGAGGUGUCACUGUUUCAUUUUGUUUUGUGCUACUCUUAAAUUUGUAACGAUGUUUGGCGGUGAUGACGACGAUGAUGGCGACUUUCUGAUGCCUGGAGGGAGCUCAAAGCUGAGUUCUCUGUUUGGUAUGGAUCGUGCAAGUAACACUGGUGGCAAUGCAUCGCUGACUUACACAGCACCAAAGCAGCCAAAGAAACAAAAAGAAACUGCUUCUGAUCCGGCAGCACCUAAAGUCCUACAUGCGAUAGCAGUUCAAGCCUUCAAAUAUAUUAAUGGGCAAUACAAUAAACAAGGAAAACUAGGAGCUGCUGUGCUUGGUAACCAUGCCAACAAUGAGUAUCAAAUUCUCUUGUAUUUAAGUAAAAAACAGCAAGUUUCAUCGACUAGAAUCACUGCCAGUUUCAGUUUUGUGGUGCAGGCAAACAAUUAUGGUACAUUUUAUGACGAUACAAGACAAAACUGGUCUAUUAUGUUUGAAUCUGAACAGAAUGCCUUAGACUUCACUAAGCAGAUAGCUCUGUCUAAAGUGAACAGUGCUGGAGGAAAUACAGAUGGCGUCAUUACACAAGAUAUGAUACUAGGAGAUGGAUUGGCUUUGGAUAAUGGAGAUUCAGUGGAAGUUAAAUACACAGGAUGGAUUUAUAGUAAUCAUGGAUUAGGAAAGGUUUUUGAUAGCAAUGCGAAUUCUGAUAAAUCAUUUAGAUUUAAAAUAGGCAAAGGCAAAGUGAUCAAGGGAUGGGAUGAAGGUGUACUUGGUAUGAAGAAAGGUGGUAAAAGACUCUUAAUAAUACCUCCAUUUCUGGCUUAUGGAAGUACAGGAAUGGGGAACAGAGUUCCUCCAAAUUCUACGCUUAUAUUUGAAGUGGAAAUAAAGAAAGUUAAAUUUUCAAAAGACAGAGAAGAUCACAGUUCAUCUUCUUCAUCACCGGUUGUCAUGGCAACACAAGAUGCCACUGAAUCAACUGCUACAGACUCUGCCAGUGAGGAAUCUGUGAGAGCCAGAACUGCUUCAAUAAAUGAACAGCUAGCAGCGACGCAACCACAAACUCAGAGUAAAGCCAAACUGAUUUCCCGCAUGGCUAAGAUGGGUCAGCCAAUGUUGCCAAGGAUGGGGUCCAGUGCGACACAGGCAGAUAGUGUAGACUCUGAAGUAGAGGAUCACACCACACAUCAAGCACCCGCUCAUCCUUCCAUACCAGCGAAGCCUGACAAUCUACAAACCGUGCCACAACAACCACUAUUACAGCAGACUGAGCCAGUACAGCAGUUACCCCCGCAGACUGUGCCAUCACAACCUUUGACCCAACCUUUGACCCAACCGAUGCAAGCUGCCCAACCUUUUCCACCACAACAACUAGCACUUUACCAAUCUCAGCCUCAGAUGCCUGCACAACCUUUCCCGCAAUAUGCAGGUGCAACGCCUUUAACGUUCCAGCCACCCCAACCGAUGGCUCAAGUUUCACAGUAUGGGAUGGCUCCUACACAGCAAAUGCCGCAAGUUCCCCAGUAUAGUGCCAUGUACCCACAGUCACAACCUCCACAGCAGCAACCAGUCGGCAGCGACAUGACCACUCCUAUGCUUCUGUCAGAAACCCGGCAACAACAGACUGAAAUACGGCUUGCUAUCGGCAAACUGCAAGAUAAAAUUGAGACAGUCUCGUCCAAGAUCGACCACAUGCAUGUACAAGGAAGCCAGAGUGUUGCCGUGUCUGGUCAGCAAGGCAAUAUGGAGUCUGGCAUACUUAUGCAGAAUAUACAGAGGAUAGUACAAGAAAAUGAACGACUGAAACGGGAAAUGUUUGAAAAGAGUUCAAGGAUUGAAGUCCAGAAUGAAAAGAUUUCAGAAUUGCUGCAAAGAAAUCAACAGUUUGUAGAGCAAAGUAACGUGAUGAUAGAGCAACGAAAUGAUUCGUUUAAGAACACAACGGCGCAAUCACAGGCACGAGUGUUGGAACUAGAGCAGGAAAAGGUCAAUCUUACCACAGAGCUGAGUGCUGCCACCUCUAGAAUCAGUACUAUGCAACUAGAAAUAGCCAAUCAGAGACAAGCAGAAAGUGAUCUGAAAUUACAGCUUCAAAACACCAUGGCAACCUCUCACCAAACGAGUGAUGAGUUACACAUGUUAAAAACAGCUAAGUUUGAAUGUGAAAGCAAGAUAGAAAAACUAAGUCAGUCACUGAAAGAAGAAAAACUUGAUGUCAAGAAAUACAGAAGUAGACUUGAAAACUUAGAAGAAGAAUUGUCAGAUUUGAGAUCUGAGAAAGAAAUCCUGGAAAAGAAUUUAUCAGACCGGAAGCAGAAAGCAGCAGCUGAGAAAAGGAAAUCUGAAGAAGAAAUCGAGGAACUGAAGAGAAUUCACGAGCCUGCCAAUGACACUGGCACUCAGGAAGAAGUUGAGUCCUUGAGGUCAAAGUUGAGAAAACAGAAGACGUCAACAGAUGCUGCAGCUGCAGAACAGGUAUCACAGGUUGAGAAGGAGUUGGAAUCACAGUACGCUGAGAAGUGUCAGCGACUGGUGGCACAGAAUACUGAUAAGCAUACAAGACUCUAUGAUGAACUCAAGGAGGAGAAAGAAGAAGUGGUUAAAAAACUGCAAAUACUUGAACAAAAGUUUUCAACACUGAAAUCAUCUCAUGGGGAAGGCGACAGGAAGCUUGAUGAGCUGCAGCAACAGGUUGAUGUCAUGGCAGAAUGGAAGGAUAAGUAUGAGUUUCUACAAAGAAAUAACAAUGCCAUGAAGGAGAGAUACGAGAGUAGAAUUCAGGAGUUAUCAGCCAGCUUAUCAGCGGCCAGUGUUUCCAUGGCAACCUCUCCAACUAGUCCAAUAAGUGGUGGGUUUACAAGAGAUGAAAUGGUGGAGGAGGUCAAAAAGAUUAUGAACAAUGUAUAUUAUACACUCAGGAAAGAGUUUGAGGUUAACCAGAGUUAUACCGGUUCUGAGAUCCUGGCGACAAUGCUGAACACUAUCAAGACUGUCACCAUGCAACUAGUAGGUCAACAGGAAAGCAAAGAAACUGAUGAAGAGAGUGAGAGCGAGGAGGAGACAGAGGAAGAAACUGAUGGCGGGGAUGACAAUGAUGAAGAUGAUGAUAAUGAUGAUGAUGAUGAUGAUGAGGCAACAGAAGAUGAUAAAGUUAAAGUCAGUCAAAAUCCUCAAGAACCAGGACAUCAAGGUCCCCCUACCCCACCUCUACCUGAAGACCUUGGACCUCCGGCCUCUCCUCCUCCACCACCUCCACUAGAGGAAGAAGAAUCCAAACCAGAAUCAGAAUCUGUUGUUACUGACAUGUACAAGACAAAUCAAGCAGAUGAGCCAGAGGCCGCUGAGUCUGAUAGACAAGAUGAAGAGGAUGGUGAUGGUGAUGGAGGAGCUGUCACAGAAACAAAGGAUGAUGAUGAUGAAGAACAGAAAUCCGAGGAAGCUGCAUCAGCUGCAACAGAAGAUUCCCAGCAACCACAAGAAGAGAAAGCAGAAAAAAGUUUACCUUCUCAACAAGAUGACCCCACAGACCAAGCAGAAGGACUGGUUUUAAAAACAACAGGUAGCCUUGAAGUUGACCAGCCAUCGGAAGAAGAGAACAAUGCGCAGUUACCAGAAUCAGAACAAAUUGCUGCUGAUUUACCAUCAGUUGCAAGUGAGGAAACUGCAGCAGAACCUGAAUCCUCUGGACAAAUUGAUGUUGAUUUGCCCUCAGUGGGGAGUAGUGACAAGAUGGAAGAGCCGCAAGCAGAGGAGGCUGUUCAAGAAAAUGCAGAAUCCCCAGCUCCUGAAGAUGAAAAAGAAGACAUUGAUAAUAUAUUUGGUGCUGAUGGCGCUGAUGCUGUAGAGGACACAUUUGGACCUGAAUUCACAAAGGAGGAGGAGAAGGAAGAGGAAAAAAAAGAAGAUGAGUCUAGUGAUGAAGAUGUCACCAAACCAAAGCCACCUCCUCCCUUAUUUCCAGAUGACGACGAUGAUGAUGAUGACUUGGAUUGGCUAAACUAAAUUGAUCAAAGGUCGCCAUAGUGAUUAGCGCAUAUGAUCAACGUACAUUGACUGUAUUUUUGAUUUAAUUCAAAUCAAAAAAAAAAAAUGUAAUGUGAAUUACUGAUUCACUGUCAUGGUUACUAUUUUGUAUGGUGCACUGAAAGAAUUUCGAGAUGAACAGACUUUUCUAUUUCAUAUGUAAAAAAUAUUUACAUACAAUAUCACUCAAAUUAUACUAAUUUUAUAAAAAAGUGCACUCAAUCGUGUAUUGGAGUACUCAAGCAAUUAUACACAGUGCACUGCAGGUAACUUCCAAGAUGGCCGCCAUAGUGGUGGUAGUCAUGACGAUAAAAUAUUAUGUUGCCUGGAAAACUCUUGAAGAUCACCGUCUUUGAGCAAUCCAAAUGAACAUUUUCUUUGCAUGUGCGUCAAAAAUAAUACUUAUAUAUAGUAACAUGAACGUGUAAUAGAUAUGAAUAUAUUCUUGAGAAUGUGGUGAUUGAAAUUAUUAAUUAUUUUGGUCUGCAAUGACCCCCACCCUUCCUUGUUUGGCUGAAUUAUGUGAUGUUCUGAGGGGAUUUUUUAUGUGGCAUAAUGUACCUAACUGUCAGUCUAUUGCUUUUCAUGUAGUAAAAUAAUGAAUACCUGAGUUGGUGACUUUACACCUCAAAGCUAGUGCAAUGUAUCUUUUAUGGUGGUAUAUAUACUGUUUAUAAUCGCGAAAGCCUACAUUAAAGAUUGGAAUGUGUGGAUGUAAUGAAA